AUGGGUCGAAGCGCAGCGGAGGAAAUGGAUCAACUCCAACUUUCUGACGAGGAUACCGAGGAUCUCUGGGAUUCACCCUCUAAACGAAGAACCCACAAGAAGUUCACACCCCGGCAAUCCGACGAAGUCCCUGCCGCAGAACCUCGCCAACCUCAUGAUGCAGGGGAAACUUUGUUUGAUCAGCAAGAUGCUCGAGAAGCAGCGCUACAAAACGAGUUGCAGUCGGUCAGAAAUAUCAACGAAGUGCUAGAGGGACUUCUGGGGAGUAUUGAUCGGGCCAAGGGGAAUAUGGAGACCGUGUCAAAAACCGUUACUUCUGCAUCGACGCUUCUCAACACAUGGACCCGAAUCCUCUCUCAAACCGAACACAAUCAACGACUCAUCCUCAAUCGGAACUGGCAGGGUGCUACUCAAGAUGUAGCUGAUAUGGAAAACGAAGCGAUUCAAAGACAACAGGCCGCCGAGCGGCGCGAGCAAGCACUGCAGCAACAACGAGAAGCCGCAGCUCGAAAAGCAGAGGAAGAUGCUCUACGACGGACACAAAGCACCAGAGGCACCCGGGGGACCAGCCGAGGUACCGUACGCAGCACUGGAUUGGGAAGAACGCCCAGUGUCAGUACAAGCCGAACAGGAACAGGAGCUACACGAGGAUCGUCAACAGUUCCCACUCGACGACCAAUCAGUGGGACAACCAGUGGGAUUGCCCGUGGGAGUGGAAUUGUCCGAGGAAGGGGCAAGCCUUGA